UGUAAUGACAAUAGUUUUAUAAUUCUGGUUUUUUGUUUUAAAUUUGCGUUGAAGCAUUAAAUAUAUUUUAUAUAAAGGAUAGUAAACAUCAUGGUAAAUAUGCCUAUCAGGCAAUAAGUACGAUUGUUAACAUUUAACCAGCAGAAUGUCGUCACAAAAAUGCAAAUAUUAAUAUUAUAGAGAAGUGGGAGGGGGUGCUAUCACCCCUAAAAUAUAUUUUCACUUAUAUAAUAUAACACAUCUUAAUAUUUAAUAUAAACAAAAAAUAGCAACAGGAGCACUGAAUUUUUCAAAAAAAAAAAAAAACUCUAUAUAUAAAGCUACCUAAACGUGGGCAAAGUUCAUUUAAAAAAAGAAGUAUCAAGGCCAAGUGUACACAUGAUAAUAUAUUAUUCUGGAAUAAAACGUCAUUGGUGAUGCUUUUAAAAAGUUGAAUUAAUGAUGCAAUAUUACUUCAAGUCUGCGCAUGUAUAUAUGUAAAUACAAUUAUGUCAGCCCCCGUAGAAGAUAGCACAAUAAGUCGUGUGUCUGUCGCGACCGCAAUAGCAUCCGGAUCUGCUGGUGCCAAUGAUGCUGCACCAUAUAUACGCACUAUUGAAUGGGAUAUGAUGAAUAAAGCGAAAUUUUUCCCGUUAUCUAUGUUAAGUUCAUUUUCAGUACGUUGUUGUCUUUUUCCAUUGACUGUUAUUAAGACCCAAUUACAAGUGCAACACAGAAGUGAUGUUUACAAAGGGAUGAUCGAUUGUGCUAUUAAAAUUUAUCGUACAGAAGGGAUACCAGGAUUAUAUAGAGGAUUUUGGAUCUCAUCAGUACAAAUUGUAUCGGGUGUAUUUUACAUAAGCACAUAUGAAGGAGUUAGGCACAUUCUAAAUGAAAUAGGUGCAGGACAUCGUACAAAAGCGCUAAUUGCGGGUGGCUGUGCAUCGUUAGUCGGUCAAACUAUAAUAGUUCCUUUCGAUGUGAUAUCACAACAUGCUAUGGUACUUGGUAUGGCCGCGCAUGCAGGCAGUAAAGGUGAUAUAAAUCCUUUAGGUAUUAAAACAGGACCAGACCGGAGUCGACUUAACAUAUCCAUGGAUAUAUCGCGAGAGAUUUUACAACGAGAUGGGAUUCGGGGAUUUUAUAGAGGAUACGCUGCAAGUUUAAUGGCUUAUGUGCCAAAUUCUGCUAUGUGGUGGGCUUUCUAUCAUCUAUAUCAGGAUGAGUUGCAUCGAUUAUGCCCUCCGUGGGUAUCACACUUACUCAUACAGUGCGUUGCUGGCACUCUAGGGGGGUUCACUACCACUAUACUUACAAAUCCAUUAGACAUCGUAAGAGCUCGUUUACAGGUUCAUCGUUUGGAUUCCAUGAAAACAGCGUUUGAAGAGUUGUGGCGAGAAGAAAAGUUAAGUUGUUUCUCAAAAGGACUUUCAGCUCGACUUGUGCAAUCAGCAGCAUUCUCAUUUAGCAUAAUUUUAGGUUAUGAAACAAUAAAACGAAUAGCCAUAGAUGAACAAUAUAAACAUAAAAUUCGUUGGUAACCGCCAUGGCAUAAAAUUAAUGCACAAAAUCGUACACCCAAUAACUGCAUUUAAAGAAAUGUUACAAUAAUGGUAGACUUGUAAUUUAAUGAAAACAAUAUAUUUGCAGCGCAAUUUAAUAACUUCAACCAAAGAAAAGAAAAUUUUAUUUUAUAAAUCAAUUACCUUCUUAUAUAUGAUUUAAUAUAUUUAAUGAUGACAGUAAA